AUGCCCCAAAUCAGUCGACGAGCCAGACUCAAAGCUCGGUUGGGCUCCUCUUUACCGCACAGUGAUGAGUGGGCACUUCAAUUCAUCUGAAUUUCUCUUGCAAAAUGGUGCCAACCCCAAUGUUCAAAAUCGCCUCGGAGAAACUCCACUUCAUCAAGCUGCUGACGGCAACUUACUCCGAAUUGCAGAUCUUCUGCUAACUUACCACGCGGAUCCAAAUAUUCAGCAAAAUGACGGCGACACCCCUCUUCAUCUUGCAGCCCAAAAAGGCCAUUCAAAAAUGCUCAAGCUUUUGCUUGAUCACGAUGCAGAUCCAAACAUCCAAAAUUUUGUGUUUGGAAAAACUGCGUUGCAUUAUGCAAUAGAAAAACGAUUUUUGAAUUGUGUGCAGUUAUUAAUUGAAUGAGAUGCAAACCCCUUAAUUAA